AUGGAUGAUCACACUAUGAACUCAGAGCCAUCGAAUAUUUCUGAAAAUGUCAACAAGGACGAGCUAUACAAAUAUGUGCUCAAGGUGAUUCUUCUUGAAUACUGUAAUGAGACUCGAUUUAGGACUCCAAUUAUAACUCCAACCCGCAAUCUCCAGAAAACACCAUCAAGACUGAGCAUGUUACUAGACUCAGUACUACCCAGCUACGCCAUGAAGCUACUCAACUCUCGACUACAAGACGUCAUGACCAAGAAGACAGCAUUGACGGAUGAGAAAACAAGGCGGUCUUUGCUAAGGCUAUAUGGAGACUUGUUAGACACGCAAAAGGACACAGAUUUGCGUAAUGUUGACUUCUUAAUACCCAAAUUUGCCGCCUAUGCCAACCAAGAGUUGAGAAAGGUUGGGGUUGUGGAUGAAACUGAAAUCAAGUCUGAAGUGUUUCGACAAAGCUCCGAGUUUAUUGACAUUUUAAUCAAUAUAUUAAAGAGCAAAAAAGACUCAGACCAGGCACUCAUUUCACGACUUUAUGAAAGGAAAAACGAGUUUAAGGGAAAUCUGGGCCCAAAGAAUAGCGCCAAAGAGGAGUUCAAGUAUCCAACAAAGUCUUAUAGAGUUGAUGAUAUGAACGAAAAGUUGCUACAAGUAUUUCGUGCAGUGUUUGAUGUAAACAAUACAAAGAUACAAACAGAUGUGUUUAAAUAUAAGGACUCAGUUUCGACGAAGCAGUUGCAUGAAGAUGUCAAGAAUGUGUUAUCAAAGAGUGAAGAAAAUGGUGAAUAUACCAACGAACUUGCAGCUCAGCUGUGGAGCAAAAGGCAACAGGAUAUUGUAUCUCAAUUACAAGCCAGGUACAAAGUUGUUACUGACUCCAAUAUCCCACGCGCUCCACUGAUUCCUCAAAAUGAAGAGUUCCAUAUACUUCCACCGAGUUUCAAAGCAAGAGGCUUUUAUUUACUUUUGCUGUCACUAUUAGUCCAACAUGUAUCUCAAGACGGGUUUACAGACACUGGAUUCCUGUUACCACCUAAUUUUGUUGACUUUUUGAACAUUGUCGCUCGUGUUUGGUUCAUUGAUUUUCCAACGAGGGCAAUUGCGCUUUAUUCGGAAGGCAAUAAGCUUGAUUUAUUUUCGACCAACUUAACAGAAAGUGGCGAAAAGGGAGUCACAAGAGGCAUAUCAUUGAAUGCUAUUCAAGAUCUCUUUGCAAUACUUAGAGAAAUAGCUGAAAAUGGCGGCAUGAAAUGGCAAGAAAAGGAUUUCUGGGGCGUAAAGGACCAAGAAUUGUGGAUCGAAAAUCUAACAAUCACAUACAAUGAGCUAUUCUUUUCCUUGAGACACUGUUUCACCAAAUUAUUCGACAAGGAUGACAAACCAAAAUUCGGACCUUAUCUCGAGUUCCUUGCAACUAAUAUAGAGACAGACUUUUUAUUUUAUCGAGUUGAAGAUUCGGGAUUGCCCAAGAAAUGGGAAAAGAGAUUAACCAAAGCGCUUUUGAAAAUAUCUGGAAAAAGGUACGAAGAGUAUUUGGAAAACUUACCGCGAGAUGAUACAUUGAAUGUGUUACAUCUAUUGGACAUUUGCGACAAACUUAUUGGCGAUAUCAGAAGUCUCCAGAAAAAGUACAAAAAUCCGUUUUUGGGGUUUUUAUCUGUGGCAAAGACAGUUGCGUCAAUUACUACCGGGAUGUUUGCAAGUGAUGCAAAAAUGAUCUUGAGCCACAUACAGAGCUCGUGCAAGAGGAGAAACGAAAGUAUGCCCGUAAGCGACGCUUUAGAAGUAUACCAACUGCUUAGAGAAGUGAGAGAUAUAUACUACCAAGUGACACCGAGAAAUCCAAAAUUUCAAUUCGACUUGGAAGCGUUCUUUUUCCCCUUUUUGAACGCUUGGGCGGAGGAGUCUGAGGAGAGGCUAAGAGAUAUCGUCAAUGAAGCAUUGAAAAAAGACGACUAUCAGCCAAUCAAUAUAGAGGACAGUAGCAAGCGGAAUAGCCGAGCCGUGUUAGAUAUUUUUACAAUCAUUAGACAAUAUUUGACCAUUUUGAACAAGCAAGGCUGGCAAGAUGAGCGCCAGGCCCUGGAGAUUUACACUAAGCUAUUGAGGGGCAUUUCAAAUUGUGCUUUGUUUUAUUCUGAACAGAUUACCACCAAGAUCAACACUGAACUCACAGCGACUAAAGGUGAUACUGAAGAAUUACCAGAGGCUAAAAAGAACUGGCUCAACGAGGUCAAAAGUGUGGUCAACAGUAUUCAAAACUUUAACCGAGCGGAGCCGGCGGUGGUGUACAAUUUCGAAGCCGAGACAUGUAUUGCUCUUAACAACAUUGCUGCCAUGAUAGAUAGUCUUGCCAAGCUUGAAGAAUGGUUGGACCCUGAGUCUAUUUCGAAAUCAUUAUCAACGUACGAACCCAAUUCACAAAACAACUUCCUAAGCCAUGUAUUCACAGUAAGGGUGGUUAAGGCAGAAAAUAUCAUAUUGUCAAAAGAUUCCACGUUUGGAAGGAUCAAUCCAUAUGUACAAUUAGUUGACCUUGGCAGCAAGAAAUCCAUUGGCAAAACAAGAGUGCUUAGACGCACCUCCGAUCCUGAGUGGGAUGAAGAGUUUGAGAUUACAAUUCCUGCAAACACUACUUUAGAGUUAUCGGCUGUCGUUUGGAGCGAAACUAUGGGUCAACAUCAAAUCUGUGGUAAGGCAUUUUAUGAACUUAACCCUAAAAAGUUUAAGCACAAUGGUUUUCCCGAAGAACUCACUUUGGACUUGGAUAUCCAGGGAAAAGUAAUAAUAGAAGUGGCGGUUGAAAGUGAGACUUUGGAUGCCAUGUUUGUCAUGGGAAGGGCCUACAGGGCAUUGAAGAGGUCCCAAGAAAGAGCCAUCAAGUCCAUGGUUGAAAAGUUUCUGGGAUUUGUGGAGAAUUGUUUUUCCAAGGCAAACUUGAAGGCUGUUUGUGCCAAGGGACAGCCGUCGACGUUAGAAUUCGAAGCAUCAAUUGAAAACUUGUGCGAUUACUUAAAUUUAAAUUUAAGCACCCUCAAAACUUACUUGAGAGACGAUCUCUUUAUGGAAGUUAUGCUCGCAACCUGGAAUGUUGUUAUCAAAUGUGCCGAUGAGUUGCUAUUACCCAAAUUGUCAAAAGCGAAAGUUGAUGUCGAUCCCAGUAGCUGGCUGGCGGUUUCCUCCAAGUUUGCCAACGUGUCGAUAUCGACAAAAGCAAUGUUUGGGUUUGAUAGCCCCUUGAGUGUGGUUGAAAUUGAGACUGUUUUGCGCUGGUUAGAUUUGUUGACCGAAUUUUUUCACAAUGAAGGAAAUGGACCACCAUUGGAAGACUUGAAAACAGAAAAGUACCAAUCAUUGUUGUUGAUACCAGUAUAUUAUGAUCAAUCAGAGGGAGAAUUGGUUGAGGAGGUGGAUAUUCUCUCCCCUGGCUAUGUGCAGAUGCUCACAAACCGUAAUCAACUGAGUUUCGAGGGCCCCAUAACCUCAGUCAAGAGAGGUGGCAGUCUCAACAGGAGCAAGACAAUGUAUGCCAGUGCUACUGCAAAGAAUAGAGCUCUUGCGGCAAAGGAGAAAAAAGUUGCCAAAACCGAUCCAGAUGCCAAUAUGGUACUAAAAGAGGAUAUAAUUCUUCGAAUCCUUUUUGCUCGAGGACAAAAGGAGUUUGUUCGCUUGAGGUUGAACCAACGAGCCAAGUUGGCCUACAGCCUUGCAACUGAAAGAAUGGCCCGUAUAGCAGCAGAGAGACGAUUGCAUAAGUAA